AUGCAACAUUCCAUCGAAAAUGCAUUAGACAUACUUGUUUCACCUCGUUCGUCUAUCGAGGUUCAAAAAGACGCACUCACAACGCUUGAGCGAACAAUCGCUAUACUUCUAUUUGAUGAGAAAGGGCGUCAUGGACAAGGAAACAUUGACGAGUUUCUACAGAUACAAGACUCAUUCCAGUAUAAUCUUGCAUCUCGAAUACAUUGCUGGCUGGCAUAUCGAACUGAGGCUUUGAGCAAGCUCGGAGAUCGAAAGACAUGUAGUGCGAGCGACAGCCAAGAAGAGUCCUCAGAGAUUUCGUCGCUCGUCAUCCAAGCAUUGUCUCUGUUGCAGGGCGUCGCGCUGAUGCAUAGACCAAGUAAAGAGUUUUUGUGCAGAACGCACUCUCUAGAGGUUUUUAUCGAUCUCUUGGCCAUUUGUCGGUCUGCAAGUGCUAGGCCGUUUGGCAAUUCGACCAAUAUUUCGCCAACAAAGUCGGGAUCAGUUGAUCGUGCCUGGGAUCCAUCGUUGGCAUCCGCAGUCUUGGAUACGUUGUUAUGUGUUCUGGUUGACGCACCCACGGCUCUCCGAUGGUUCGAAGACGCAAAAGGGAUAGAGCACGUUGUGAAGAUACUCAAACGCCCUGCAAUUCCGAAGGAUGUCAGGAUAAAAUGCCUUGAAUUCUUGUAUUUCUAUCUCAUGGAUGAAUCGGGAUCUACGUUGAAUAGUAGCCUUGAGGGCUCUUCGACUUCUGAGAGGCUCGCAAAAGUUGCAUAUUUUGACCACUCAAGGAUUCCAACUGAUUCGAGUUCUGGUUCGGGAUCUUCAAAAUCUUCGUCGGGAUCUGCCUUCAGCUCAUGGUCUCCUACACCCACACUUGCGGGCACGCCACCCAUAUCGCCGAAGAAACCUUCACGUGAACUUCCCCAGCCAAAUGGACGUUUGGAUAUGCUUCGUAAAGAAGUUGAUUUUGUGCCUCAGAGUCCCAAACGAGCCAAAGUUGCACAACUUAAUGGAGGAAUGCGUCGUCCGGGAACACCCCGACAGGCAUCGCCAGUGAAAAAUCUGAAUGCGGAUAGGAGGACCAAGCAUCAACCUAGCCCAGUGGGGCGACUAGCAUCAGAGGAAACGUUACUUUCGGAAUCGGACGUCGAGUCCACUGUCUGUGGAGACAGGAGGUCGCUUUCCGUUGAUGAAGGGACGGCGACGGACUCGCGGAUACGAACGAUAGAGGAGAAGAAAGCGAUAUUAGGACAGCUCCUCGGGAACGUUGACGCGCUUGUUGAAGGUGUAAAGAAAGCUGGAAUUUGGGGGUUAGGUGAAUAA